AUGUCGAACGAAGCCGAUGAUAUCUUUGCAGAAAUGAUGAGGGAGGAGAAAGAAAAGUUGAGAAUGGCAGCUGCAUUGUAUAAUCAAAAAUCUUCAAAACCUUCUAGUGGUGGUUCCUUACAAACAACAAACACUGCCAGCAGUAGUUUUAGUAGCAGCAAUCAAAAGCCUCAUGCAACAACAAUGGUCUCUAACAAAACUUCAUCCACUCAGCAAACGUUUGUAUCAUCGGAAAUUGAAAGCCUCCUUCAACAACCUCCUCAACAAAUACUUCAAAAUCUUCAACGAGAUAUUAAUUGUUUAUCAAGUUCCGAGAAGGGAAAACGAGUGGGUUCCUUGAAAAAACUGAAAACUCUCUUUGAUGUGAUGGAACAGAGAAAGGAUCAGCUCCCUAUUGUGGAUUAUAUGAAAUUCUUCUUCUCACAUAUUUAUCAACCAUUGAUCAAGUUAUUUGGUAAUGAAGCCGAGUAUUGCAGAGAAACAUCGGUAAAAUUGAUUCUCAUGUUUUCAAACUAUAUAACUGUGAAUGAAAUGGAGGAAGCUCUUCCUUUCCUCAUUCCAAUUCUAGAGGAGAGAAUGCGAGGUCCUAAAGAGAAAUUCGCUGAAGAGAGUGAGGAAGUAAGGCAUUCACUUGUAAAAUUGAUGAAAGCAAUUAUUGAAAAAUGUACAACCAAACUCGAGGAUCCGGAUUAUCUGCAGAAAAUUGUUUACUUUUUAGAGAAGGCAUUUGAGGAUUUCCAUGGAGUGAAAGCAGAGGCCUCUCGAUGUGUCAUUUCUCUUUGUCAAUGCAUUCGAGAAAGCAUGACUAAAUUAUUCUCUGGAACGUUGAUUAAGCACAUCAUUCCAUAUCUGAGACAUCAGAGAUAUAGUGUAAGGAGUGACGUUUUGGAUGCAAUUAAAUAUUUAGCAGCUUGUGGAUCUGCGGAAAUUCUUGAAGAUUUACAUGCACCAUUGAAAGAGUUGUGUUUGGAUCGAUCCAAUGUGGUGCGCCAAAAAGUAUUGGACGUUGUUGUGGACUGGGCUCUCAAUUUGAGAGACAAAUAUUCAUUCCAACAUAAUUUUGCAUACUACUUAUUACUAUUGAGCUCGGAUGAAAUUAGUUCAAUUGCCAAGUCUGCCUUUGAUUAUCUCAUGGAAAUGGGUCGUCAAUAUGAACGUGACUAUGAGGAUGAAGUUAAUGAAAUUCGGAUGUAUGACGAGAAUGAAAACACGCCCAUGAAAUCCGUCAUUUAUCAGAACCAAGAACAACUUCCACCUCUUCCUUCCGUACUCACACAGCGGCCACUUCUUGGAGCAAGACUAUUAGCAGGAAAAAAACAUCUCUCAAAAAUUAUUACUUAUUUAUUGGAAGACUUUGAGGAUUGGAGCAUGCCCAGAAGAAUUUGUGCUGCAAAAUCGAUGCAAAUAUGCAUUGUUCUUGCCGAGAGAAAUAUUACUCAACACUUGGACAAAAUACUUCUCAUUCUCUUCAAUUCGUGUGGGGACGAGGAAAAGGACCUCAGAGAAGAGUCACAACGGUGCGUCUCUCUCAUUGGUUACUUUGUUGAACCAGAAACCUAUCUUAAUAUUGUUUACAACAACUCGAGACCAGAAUAUGCAGCUUCUCCCAAAUUUUUAUCGACCGUGUUAAGAUGUUUGUCUCUCAUGUUACAGCACGGAGAUGCAACAUUAGUCAACCAUUCGCUUCCGGGAAUUCUAAAUAGAAUGAGCGCACAGCACUUACUUUACAAUGAUGAAGCCAAUGUUAAAGUGAAUGUUCUUAAUGUGAUUUACUCGUGUCUGGAAAAUGGGUCUGUGCAAAACUUGGAAACUGGAUUUGAAAUUUUCCUCAUCAUUCUCAAAAUUUGUUCUCAACCGAAUACCAUUGAGCAAGUCUCAAAAAGUGGACUAGAAGUGCUACAAAAAGAAGCCACCAUUCUUCAACUGCACUCCACAGAAGAAUUAUAUGCAUUGUAUUUCGAGAGAGCUCUAGGAAAUUUAACGCAAGAUGUCAACUCUUGGGACAAGUUGUCACCUCACUUUUAUUCGUUUGAAGCUCUCUUAAAGAACGCUCCAAAAAGCACCGUUCAAUAUUUAGAUAAGGUUCUAAAAAUUUUUUCCAUGUAUUUGACACCAGACCGAGAUCCUGUAAUGAUUCUUCGAUUACUCUCUGUGUUGAAUAGUAUUUUGUACAGCUGUGGAACGGAGAUUUCUCAGAAUCAUUUACAACUUAUCCUCUCUAGGUUCAUUUAUCCCAAUAGCAAAUGGAGAAGUGGAAGAGUCUAUGUCGAUGUCAGAAAAGCAGCCAUCUCUUGCUUUAGUUGUAUACUGAGACAAAAACUGUGCACCGACUCUGAAUGUAUUCAAUCCUUCGCCAGUGAGAGCCAAUUCGAUAAUCUAAUGAGUUGCAUGGACGACGACUUUGAUCCAUCUCUAAGACAGCUCUGUGUGAAAAUCAUGAUGGACUAUCUAGAUUAUUGUUAUCAAUAUUUAUCUGAUAAACAAUGGGAUAAUCUCUGCACAGAGCUAAGAAAUCGAAUGGAGGAUGAAAAUGACAUGGUGAGAAUAUUCACGACAGCUUCAAUUGCUCACUUAUUGCUGUACUUGCCAGCACAUUUAGUCGAUCAAGCAACAGCCAUGUUUUUCUGUCUCUCCACUCAUAUGGACGAUCCAAAUGUGGAAAUUCGAAAAGCAUGUUAUCAAGCAUUUAAAACAAUUAUUGAAAAUUAUAAGAAGAAUCAACAUUUGAAUUAUAUUAAGGAUCGUCUUGAUGUCAUUACCAAGCAAUUAACAAGUUUCAUGAAUGCUGCCAUUCAUAUUCGCUCCGAUUAUGACAUUCCUUAUGCCACACUUCUUAAUUAA